GCCUAUAUCGCGGGGCAACUCGGUACCUAGAGAAGCGCUAGGCAAGUAAUACACCUACUGCAGCUGGCAGAUAGUUAUCCUCAAUUGCUCGUUCUAAUUCGAUUAACUUCACGUCCGUUUACGUGGAUUAUGCGCAGAUUAUCUGGUUUAUUUCUCAUGGACCCUUUGCUUCUGCAUUGGUUCAACAAGAUACAGAACACUGCCAGCAUAUGGAGAUCGUAAUUUUAAUUCAUAUCCUCUUCUUCAAGGUGUAAAUAUCUAUAAAAUGUCCACAUCCUUUGCUGCUUUAAACCCAGGUUUCCGUCUAUCACGCAUUCUACUCAACAACACGACAAAAAUUCGGUAUCCGCAAUGACUAAUCGAGCAAUCUCAACUAUGAAGUUUACCGGCGCCUGUUCUUUUAUCUUAGCCUGCGCUACUCUCGUGGCUCAAGGAACUAUAGCACAAGACCCGUGCUACGUUUACGAUAGUCUGGCGAAUUGUGCAGACCCGAAUGGCUGCCCAGCGAUGGGGGGGUUGUGCAAGGAGGCCGAAGCUCCAGUUUGUUGCCAAGUCGAUAACUGUAGUUGCCCGGAGUCAUAGGAAUUGCUGAUCGGAAUCAAAAGCGCCGGCAAUAGCCUCCAGCCAACCACAAGAGCUACCUAGGUACCUUUAGAUGUUGACGACGUAGGGCUUAACAGAACCACUUCGUUUCUAAGAUUGCUUCCCUAAAUC